CUCUGGGAACAUCUCGCCAUUAAAUUACAUGAGGAACAACAGAUACUGCAAAAGCGAGAAGAAGGUGGGGGAGGCUGUCAAGGUGACCUGCUAGAUGGACUGGACCACAUACCUGAUUACCUACAAGAAGACAACCUCACCUUUGCAGUCUAUGACCAAGUUAGAAAAUACUUGGGUCAGGCAUUCGUGAGUCGCGUACAUCCAAUGGGCCAGUUGCUGCAGGCAUUGGCUGAUGCGUUCAGGGCCAGCUAUGGUGGCGUGGCAGCACAUCCGAGGCUGCUUUCAUAUGCUGUGCAGGAGAUCCAUUCGCUUACUCAGAGAGUCUAUCAGCUGGUGAAAGCACUCUUCCCAAUUCUGCCAGCCGAGGGAGAGAACAUUAUUCUGCAGAACGAGGAGAAUGAAGGACAAGAAAUCAUGGUCACUCCAGCCACCCUGCUGCAGCCGUGGCUCUUGCCACAGUUCUACUCCCCACUCUCCAGCCUCUACGUCCUUGACAACCAGUCCAAAGAUGAUGAGUAUUGGCGCCGUCUGCUAAGCUGGAACAAGCAACCUGACGUUGGCCUCAUGACCUUCCUAGGCGUUGAUCCGUAAGUGCACUAAA